UACGCGGGCAGGCUGUACUCCGUCCCCUAGCGCGUGGCGCAGCGCCGGUCCGGGCUCCGCGUGACUCUGCAGCCCGGUCCGUGCGCUCCGGGCUUUGUCCCCAGGCCGGGCGGGGCUGGGACGGACCGGGCCGCGCCUCGGGUGAGGAGCCCCGCAGCAGCCCAGAAUUUCCAGCAGCACCGAGAUCUAUGUCUGGGAGAUUCUCUGCAGAAGGAGACAGAGAGACUGGCCUGAAGGUGGCUCGGCCUGACUGACAGCCACCUGGGAAAAGGUCCUUUCCCUCUGAUGCACCAGAGAGGGGCGACGGCAGAGCCAUGUCUGUCGUGGAUGAUGGUUCUCUAAAGCACCCCCCGGAGUCUGCAGUGGACCAGCGCUGGAAGUUCCUCGUCUUCUACCUCUGUUUUUAUGGCUUCAUGACCCAGAUCAGACCUGGGGAGAGCUUCAUCACCCCCUACUUGCUGGGAGCUGACAAGAACUUCACCACAGUAGAGGUGACCAACGAGAUCACUCCCGUCCUGUCCUACUCCUACAUGGCCGUGCUGGUGCCCAUCUUCCUGCUGACGGAUUACCUGCGCUACAAGCCGGUGCUGGUGCUGCAAAGCCUGAGCCACAUCUCCAUUUGGCUCCUGCUGAUCUUCGGCACCAGUAUCCUGGCCAUGCAGUUCAUGGAGUUCUUCUACGGCAUCACCAUGGCGGCCCGCGUGGCCUACUCCUCCUACAUCUUCUCCCUGGUCACCCCCUCGCACUACCAGCGCAUGGCCGGCUACUCCCGCUCUGCCGUGCUGAUGGGAGUCUUCACCAGCUCGGUGCUGGGGCAGCUCUGCGUCACCGUGGGCGGGGUGCCCUUCAUGACGCUCAACUAUGUCUCGCUGGGGUUCAUGCUCUUUGGGCUCCUCCUGACGCUCUUCCUGGAGCAGCCCAAGCGAAGCCUCUUCUUCAACCAGAGUGGUGGCCCCCCCCCCUCUGAGCUGGACAGGAUGCACCCAGUCGGGGACAAGCCAGUGCCCCCCGCACCCUCCCACUGGCGCAGCUCGGCCCUCUUCCGUAUGCUGAGGGAGCUCUGCAUUAUCGCCAAGCUACCCCAGCUGCGGCUCUGGUCCCUCUGGUGGAUCUUCAACUCUGCCGGCUACUAUCUCAUGCUCUAUUACGUGCAGCUCCUGUGGAAUGAGAUUUACCCUACCACGGACAACCGCAAGGUCUACAACGGCGGGGUGGACGCCGCCUCAACACUGCUCGGUGCCAUCACUGCCUUCGCUGCGGGCUAUGUGAAGAUCCGCUGGGCGCGGUGGUCGGAACUGGUGAUUGGCGGCGUGACGGCAUUCCAGGCGGGGCUGCUCUUGCUGAUGAGCACCACCAGCAACAUCUGGCUCUGCUACGGGGCCUACAUCCUGUUCAGGGGCUCCUACCAGUUCCUGGUCCCCAUAGCCAUUUUCCAGAUUGCCACCUCCCUCUCCAAAGAGCUCUGUGCCCUGGUGUUUGGCGUGAACACCUUCUUUGCCACCGUCCUGAAGACCAUCAUCACCAUGAUCAUAUCAGACAAGCGGGGCCUGGGCCUUUCCGUGCAUCCGCAGUUCUAUGUGUACUUCGCCUACUUCACACUGCUGGCAGUGGUGUACCUGGGGGCAGCAGUGUACGUGGCCGUGACGCACCGCCGGCGCAAGGUGCCGCAGGAACCGGUGUUUGCCAAGGAGCUCGGAAGCCCUGCUGAGGAGGCACCAGGGAAGGAGAGGAGCUUGGAGCCGGGCAGUGUGCACAUCUGAGUGCAUCUGGGAGAGGAGACCCGAGGGAGUGGCCUGUGUGCCCACCCUAGCCCAUCACAGUCCCAGGGAAUGGCUGGCCACGGUCCUCUCACCUUCCUCACAGUGUCAAUGUGCACCUGAGAAAGCAAGGAGCGCAGGCCCGGGUGAGGCUGCAGUCCUAUCCUAGCUUGUAGGGGCCACCAAUCCCCAGGGCUGUGCGCACCCUUGGUCCCCAGACUGCUACUGCUGGCAGAG